AUGGACAUGGACGGCAGCUCCGACAGGCCUCGCCUCACCAGCGAGCAGAAGAAGAAGAACCACAUCGAAUCCGAGAAGAAGCGCCGUGAGGCCAUCCGCGCAGGCUUCGAGCGACUCAGCCAGAUCAUUCCGGGAGCCGAAGGCCAGUCGCGCAGCGAGUCGGUCGUUCUCCAGAAGACCGUCAAGUACCUCAAGGACCAGCUUGAGAGGAAGGAGGAACUCAAGGAGAGGGCUGACCGCCAGGGCGUGAGUGACGGGGAGUUUGAGAAGAUCUACAACGACGUUGAGAAGGCUGUCAAGGCGGGUGAAUACGAGGAUGCCGACGGCAUCAAGGAGGAAGAGGAUUGA